GUCCAUCGAUCGAUUUGCUGCAGCAGCGUAGCAUGCAGGAGGUUUUAAUUUUAGACCCAUCGUCCAUGUUGUGACGACAAAGCCUCUCUUUGUCCCUCUAUAAAUAUCAUCAUCCCUCGAAUGCCUGGUUCGAAGCAACACAGAUCAUCAUCGGCAGCUGAGAGUGGCGAGGUAGCAGCUAGACGUUGUUGGUCAGCUUGAACAAGUGUGAUAGGAAGCAGCGAGCUGAGAAGAGGAGAGAAGAGGAGAGGAGGAGGGAUCAUGGAGUGGAGCGACAGCGAGAACGAGCGGUUCGAGCGCGCGCUGGCCACCUACGGCAUCGACGCGUGGGAGCGCGUGGCGGCGGCGGUGGGCGGCGGCAGGACGGCCGACGACGCGAGGCGCCACUUCGACCAUCUCCAGGAGGACGUCGGCGACAUCGAGUCCCGCGGCCGCGCCCACGACGCCCGCGACGCCCGCAACGGCAACAGGAAUAACAGGGGCAGAGCCAACCGGCCGCAGACUUGACGGGAACGCGCGCGGCGGCGCACAAGCGGCUGCAGCUCCGAUCCUCCAUCGUUCGUCAUGUCAGAUAUACAAAUAUAUACAUAUAUGUAUAUGUCGUGUGUGUGGACAUGCCAGUGUGCACAAGCGUGUCUGUUGGGUUAUGGAGAGGUCUGUUCUGCGUGUGGCUUAGUAGUGCGCUGUGGUGUCAAUGCGAUCGAGGAGCACACGUAUGCAUGGCAAUGGUGAGCAUGCCACAGCUUCUGCCGUGGAGCUGCACGGCGGCCGGAUGCAAAUGCUCUUCGAUCGUCUUGUAUUGCAGCGCAUGUAAUGCUAGCUUGCCCCUUAAUCUUUCCUUGUAACGCUUCGCUGCUCAUAAUCAAUCGACUAAUUUACACACCCGA